AUGGCAACACCAGCAGAUGAAGCUUCGAUGAGGGAGAGGUGGUUUGCAAAUGUUAAUAUUGACUUCGAGGCGCGGAACAAAGAAGAGAAUGAGGCUAUGGAAGAACUUAGGCAGCUCGUCCAUAAGAAGGUUACCUGGGGGAACAUGAAACCAGAGAUCUGCGAGUCCAAAAAAGCUCUUGAGCUUCAAAUCAACAAUACACUACGCAGGCUCACUGAUGCUGCCGACAAUGCCUUACACAUGGGCACCGCCGCAAAACAGGAGCUCGACCUACACCGCUCUCACGGUAUCAACAAGGCAUCUGCAGGAAUUCAAAAGUUUGCGACCAACCUUGCCAAAGUGUUGACAGAGUACUCAGGCAUUGCCGAAGUUGUCGAGAAAGCUGGGGGUCUAUAUGGAACUGCCGGUUAUUCGGCGUUAUCAUGUUUGUUGGUUAUUGCGGUCAAUAAGAGCAAAUAUGACAGUUUAAUCACAGACCAGCUAGAAUACAUGCAUGCUUUCUUCCCAAAAAUCAAUCUUUUGGCCGAGAUCUACAAGCCCGACCAGAAAAUUGCGGAGCUCGUCAUUGACGUACACCAUGAGAUAAUCCUGUUUGCCAGGGACGCCGCGGAGUACUUUCUGAAGAGAUCGCGACGUUUCCGGAUGUCUCUUCGCGCGGAGAAUAGAGCGAUUGAUGAAAGAGUGGAAAGGAUUAGAAAAUCGCUGAAGGACAUCAACGAGUGGUGCAUGGUGUUCCUCCAAAGGAGCGUGGCCGAGCUGGCACAACAACAUCGUGAUGCUCGGAAAGAGCAUGACAAAUUACUCAACGAACUGGUAGCACUCGAGCACCGGAAGCAAAAGAAACAAGCGCUGGUUGAGCUCUCAAAGUUCAGGGAGCAGAUCGACCAUCCCUUGGAAUGCUCAAACUGCAAUUUGAACAGAAUUCAUGGACAAUUGCAAAGUACGUUCAAGCAUCAUCCUGGUUCAAUAAAAGCAUUAGUGAACUUCUCGAGAAUGACACUGGAUGUCUUGAAGGAGAAGGAAUGCUACCAACUUUGGGAGAAUUGGCCUUCGACAAAGCUACUCCUGUUGGGUGGCAAGACCGACCCGGAAAGUCGAUCUCGCAGGAACGGGUAUUCGUGGCUAUCACCCAUAGCCGCAGAACUAUGUACCGCUUGGAAGAGUCAGCUCGUGUCGUUCUUUAGCUGUCACCCAGACAGUUGGUGGAUAGAGAAACCAACGCUACAGCAGGCGAUCACUUGCAGCUUAUACCAGAUGGCUGAACAAGAUCCUGCGCUGCUAGAACAAGAUUUCUUUCAGCUUCCGAACGUCAAAUGGCAACCCGAGGAAGAUGAAGAUAUGAAAUCCUUGAUCAAAUUCACCCGUGAGUGCGUGAAGAUUGCCAGCAAAAAGAGACCUGUCAUGUGGAUCUUUGACAGAGUGGAUAUUUGCAAGCAGCACCCAUCGGAAAUCCUCACAUUUCUGAAAAACGUUGCGAAUUGCGAUUGCAAUCUGAAAAUCAUUACCAUCUGGGAUACUACAUCUCCGUCAGUUAAAGGCUAUUGCGAACAUUUCAUACAGUACACCGACCUAGCGGCAGGGGACAUUGGAUUGGAUCAGAAGAGAUGA